UACAGGUGGUUAGGGACAAGGUAAAGGUUCCAACUUUACAGCGCGUAUCACGAAACAAGCUCUGCUCAACACAAAAACCACAUCACACGCAGCACUGCCGCCAUAGAAAGAGAAAUUUAAUGAGAAAUUUGAGACUGUAGUGAGAGCGUUCUUUAGUUGUUCACAUCACACGCAGCACUGCCGCCAUAGAAGUUUUAUUUACUUCAGAAAAACCAAAGAAGAAUUGGUAAAUGGCUGGUGCAAGAGUCACUGCUUCAGGGUUGGUACUGUCACGUCCAGUUACUUUUGUCACUGGCAAUGCCAAAAAGCUUGAAGAAGUUCGUGCCAUUUUGGGCCACUCUAUCCCUUUUCAGUCCCUCAAACUUGACUUGCCAGAGUUGCAAGGAGAGCCUGAAGAUAUCUCCAAAGAGAAGGCUCGGUUGGCUGCUGCUCAGGUUCAUGGACCUGUGUUGGUUGAAGACACUUGCCUCUGUUUCAAUGCCUUGAAGGGUCUUCCGGGGCCUUAUAUCAAAUGGUUUCUACAGAAGAUUGGUCAUGAAGGUCUCAACAAUUUAUUGAUGGCAUAUGAUGAUAAAUCAGCGUAUGCCUUAUGUGUAUUUUCCUUUGCACUUGGUGCGGAUAGUGAACCUAUCACAUUUUCUGGAAAAACACUGGGAAAGAUUGUUCCUCCAAGAGGACCCAAUGAUUUUGGAUGGGAUCCGAUUUUUCAACCUGAUGGCUAUGAGCAAACUUAUGCAGAGAUGCCCAAAGAAGAAAAGAACAAAAUUUCACACCGCUCCAAAUCUCUUGCACUGGUGAAAUCUCAUUUUGCUGAAGUUGGAUAUACUUUUCAGAUCGACAACCUCUGAGAAAGCUGGUGUUUGUUGCCAUUUGUUAUAGGCUACAUGCUUUUUGUUACUUCGGUUUCUGGCUGAAUGCCAUUGUUUCAGUCUUCCAAAUGGAAAAUAUUUGAUUUGAAAAUAGAAGAUUUAACAUUCUCUUUUUUAUUUUGUUUCGUAGUCUUCCAAAUUGAAAAGGUUUGAUUUGAAAAUAGAA